AUGACUGCAUUGAACCGAAAAUUUGACGGUGGACAACGGUACAACUCAUUGUCUUGUGAGGACCACUCAGUCGAAGUAGGAAGUGCGCUCUUAUUACUAGCCACGGCAGAGACAAUAUCUGAUCGGCACGAAGUCCCAAAAACAACCAUCCAAGCUCCAGAAAAACAAGAGAGCGAAGAAAAACGUGCUACGGAUGGAGGGAUAGUUAAGUGA